CAGGCCCUAAUUGUGCUCAGUAACUGAUUUUGUGUGCGGCCGGGACGCACGGCGAAUUUAAGUGUGGUACCUUGUGCGGUUCGUGUACCUUGUGUAGGUUGUGCCGUGUUUGUGUGUGUGUGGUGAAUUAAGCAAUUUUUGCCGAACCUAACAAAUUUUUUAAAUCCACUCGAGUAGAUUACACUCGAUUUGUUGUGCGUACGCGUGUGUGUGUGUGUUUGUUUUAUCCUGUUUCCAGUGUGUAUUCAGUGAAGGCCUUGAAGGCAUCUUCACAGCGAAAAUAUAAAAAAAAGCUACAUCAGAACAAACGCCUCAAAGCCGAUCACCAUCUGUCAAUCAGUCAUCGAACGUGCAACAAUGAUUGGAUUUAAAUUGCUUACCAUCGCCACCUGCCUGGCGGGAGUUAUCCUCGCCCAGGAUUACCAGGAGUACCGGCAGGCACCGCUCCGGAUCGGUACCAAGGCGGAGGAACCGAAGCCAACGCCCGUUCCCAUCCUGAAGCAGAUCAACAGACACAACGAAGAUGGUUCGUACACGUACGGUUACGAGGGUGCGGACGGUUCGUUCAAGAUCGAAACGAAACUGGCCACUGGUGAGGUGAAGGGCAAGUACGGUUACGUCGACGAGACCGGCAAGGUGAAGGUGGUCGAGUACGGUGCGAACAAGUAUGGAUUCCAGCCGUCCGGUGAAGGCAUCACGGUACCGCCGCCAACGCUCGUCGACGAAACGACCGGCAAGGACGAUCUGCUCGAGGAUGAUGACGGCAACAUCCCGGCGCCACGCCUGCAGAAACACCGACCCGCCUCGAAGCCCCGCUACCAGGAGGUGCCGAUCCAGCAGCCACAGCACCAGCCCCAGCGUCCUCAGCAGCAUCAGCACCAACAGCAGCAGCCUCAGCCACAGUACUACGACUACGAUGAGCAGCCAGCACCGCAGCCGCAGCCCAAAUACCAACCCGCACCACAGUACGUGCAGCGAUCGCACUUCGGUGCCGCACCAGCACCAUCCGCGUCGGUAGGACCAGCGCCACCACGUGCUCAAAUCCCGAACGCUGUCCCGGUGGACGUUGUCUACGCGCCCAAGCAGCUCCCAGCCCGCCCGGACGUUGAGUACCGCAACGUAGGUCCGCAAACGUUCCCGGGAGCUGCACCGGCCGGUCCCGAGCCCAAGAUCCGCUACUCCCAGCCUCAGUUUGCACCGUCCGCUCUUCCACCGCAGCACAGCGCCAAAUCGGCCAAUCCCGCCGCCUCCUUCCCGCAACCACGACCCCAGCCGGCCGUCUAUCAACCGCGUCCUGCCCAGGGACGCAGCACGAGCGUGCUCGACCAGCUGGCGAAGGACUAUGCGCUGCCGCAGGGUGGUGCUGCACCGCUGCACGACAUCACCUUCGGCUACUACUGAGCAACGAUCUCCUGUGUCCGUCUGGUCCGGUGUCUACGGUCACCACUGCACAUUCACGGGCUCGCUUCCUCGCUUUCGAUGACGGUCGCCCCGGAAGAUGUUUCUAAAUUGACAACCCUUCGGCACUAUUCCUUGCUAAAAAAAAAAAUCUCCUACGCACCCGUGAAGAACUGAUGUCACCGUUAGCGUUAAGGUGAACCAAUAAAAUUCGUCUUACAAA